AUGCGUCUGCAGUGCUUCCCUGCACUUUUAGGCGCUGCAGCAGCUCUGCAGCCUCUCCCUCCUGUACAAUGGACGCAAGGCAAUGGUUCAGCGAGCAAAGGUUUCUCGCUGCAGGAUGCUCCCAAGACGAUCUACUUGAAACGCUCGUUCGCAAACGUCUCUGACACCGAAGGCCUGACGCUCAUCCCACCUACAGCGUACGAGUUUGCGCAGACGUUCAGCAAGGACCUCUCCCAAUUAUUUGGUGCCAACUGGACCGUGCAGCAAGUCGAUUCUUUCCCAGAGGCCGGGAUCUUUCUCGGCAAAUUCAAGGGCGAUGCAAGCCAAUUGACCUAUGAGAACGGCGUCGCAAACGAAGAAGGAUAUUCGCUGGAAGUCGGCAACGGAAGUGUCUUCAUUGGCGGUACCGGCUCGCGAGGCUUAUUCUGGGGAACACGCACACUGCUCCAACAGUUGCUGAUUGCCAAUGGGGCGUCGCUGGAUCCAGGACGGGUCGUUGAAGCGCCAGCGUAUGCUACGCGAGGAUACAUGCUGGACGCUGGUCGGAAAUGGUAUACAGCGGAAUUCUUGAAAGAGCUCUGCACUUAUGCAUCUUUCUUCAAGAUGUCGGAGUUUCACUAUCACUCUAGCGACAACUACCCUCUGAAUCGUGGUCACAACGAAACGUGGAAUGAGGUCUUUUCCCAUUUCUCACUUUACCCAGAAAACCCUGAAUUACAAGGCAUCAUCCAGCGCCCCAACGAAACUCUCUCAAGGGCCGAGUUCGAAGACUUUCAAAAGCACUGCGCACAAAGAGGUGUUACUGUCAUUCCUGAGAUCGAAGCUCCCGGGCAUUGUCUUUCGAUCACAAAGUGGAAGCCUGAGCUUGCUCUAGCGAAGAAAGACCUUCUGAACCUCUCGCAUCCGGAGGCAAUCCCAACAGUCAAGGCCAUCUGGUCGGAGUUCCUUCCCUGGUUCCAGACCAAAGAAGUGCACAUCGGUGCUGACGAGUACGAUGCUACGCUUGCGGAUGUCUACAUUAACUUUGUCAACAACAUGUCCGACUUUGUGAACUCGACAUCCGGCAAACGGGUCCGCAUUUGGGGUACCGAGGAACCCUCAGAAAACUACACCAUCUCCAAGGAUGUCAUUAUCCAGCACUGGCAGUAUGGCCAAUCUGAUCCAGUGCAGCUGCAAGAUGACGGCUACGAACUAAUUAACUCUGAAGACUGGUGGGCUUACAUGAGUCUAAAGAACGACCACAUGCCUAUUCUCCCAGCCCCAUACCCUCAAUUUUUCAACAACACUCGGACUUUGAAUUUUGCGAAUGUGGAAGGCUGGCAAUGGGACCCAAGCCUGUUCAACCCAGUCAACACCACAGAACAGCUUGAGCCUGGCGCAAGUGGAAACAAAGGUGCUAUUCUGGCCGCUUGGAGCGACAGCGGACCAGAUGCGACGACGCAACUUGAAGGGUACUACGCGAUGCGUAAUGGUAUCCCGCUAGUUGCAGCACGGGCUUGGUCUGGUUUAAGAGGUGUCAACGUUAGCACCAGUGACUUUGACUCGUCGCUUGAACUCCUCACAGCAAACGCUCCUGGCCAGAACCUUGAUCGCAAGUUCUCGACUUCGGCCCAGUAUAAGCCUGCAGGCGGAGACUCGCCGCUGCUCUCUUGGAAGAGCACCGGCGGAUACAGUGCAACGAAUGUGUCUAUCGGCAAGGGCUCCUACGGUCCGCCAUACACGCUUUCCAUCGCAGCAUCAGGGCCUUUCACUUUGCUUGGACCAGACAGCUCGCUCUCCAUCGGCACUGUACCAUCAAACAUCAGCACAAACGGAACCUCUACCCUAGUCUUUUCUACCGCAGACGGCUUCCCAUACCCCCUUCGCUCAACUUCCGAAUCAGACGGCCACGACCCUGGUCACCCGGGCCGUAUCUGGUGGAAUCUCACAAGCUCUACCCAUCAUCCUGUCCCCAUCACCUUCCCAGCCAAUAUUCGCAUCGAGACGGACGUUGUGAACGGGAGCAGGGUCUGGGUCAAUGACGAGUUUAAGGGGCGAUAUGAGGUGUUUGUCUUUGGAGGAAGGAAUACGAUAUUCAGCUGGAGCCAGAUGGCAUUGGUCGCCCCGUUGCAAAGCGCGAGCGGAGCGCUCGAGAGUGUGGUUCUCGAGGCUGGAAUUGGUGGAUCUGGAGGUAAUGGAACGAGUGGGACAUUGCCUGGUGGGCCUUCUAAUAGUGGAGCUGGCCGUCUUGGUGGACUGUCUACAGUGGCCGCUGGCAUUGCUAUCUUGCUUGCGAUGGUCGUAAUGUGA